GGGCUGCGGGGAUCAUGCCGGGGGGGCUGCGCCUCGGCAUCGCUUUCUCCUCGCCCUCCAUGGAGCCCGGACCUUUUCUACAAUGACUUUCCCUGAGCUGAGCAAUGGCAGCUUGAGUGGGAACCGGACGGGACAAGGCAGCCAGAGCGGUGCCAACCGGUCCUGGGGGCUGCAAGGUGAGGAGACCCCCCAGGGCAACGGCACCACACUGACUUUCGCCUUGGACGUGCAGGCGGUGGGCGUCGGGGUCUUCCUGGCCGUCUUCAUCCUCUCAGCCAUCGUGGGGAACAUCCUCGUCAUCCUCUCCGUGGCUUGUAACCGGCACCUGCAGACCGUCACCAACUACUUCAUCGUGAACCUGGCCAUCGCCGACCUGCUGCUCAGCACCACCGUGCUGCCCUUCUCGGCCACCUUGGAGGUGCUGGGCUUCUGGGUGUUUGGGCGCAUCUUCUGCAACAUCUGGGCAGCGGUGGACGUGCUGUGCUGCUCCGCCUCCAUCAUGAGCCUGUGCAUCAUCUCCGUGGACAGGUACAUCGGCGUCAAGUACUCCCUCAAGUACCCCACGAUCAUGACUGAAAGGAAGGCGGGGGUCAUCCUCGUGGUGGUCUGGCUUUCCUCUAUGGUCAUCUCCAUCGGUCCACUGCUGGGAUGGAAGGAGCCACCGCCGCCAGAUGAGAGCAUCUGUAGCAUCACGGAGGAGCCAGGCUAUGCCCUGUUCUCCUCCCUCUUCUCCUUCUACCUGCCCCUUAUGGUCAUCCUGGUGAUGUACUUCAGGAUCUACGUGGUGGCCAGACGGACCACCCGGAGCUUGGAGGCCGGGGUCAAGAAGGAGAGGAAUAAAUCCAUGGAGGUGGUACUGCGCAUCCACUGCCGCAGCGUGCUGGAGGAACCUCUCUCCAGCACCCGGAGCAAGGGGCACAACUUCAGGAGCUCCCUCUCCGUGCGGCUCCUCAAGUUCUCCCGUGAGAAAAAAGCAGCCAAGACUCUCGCCAUUGUCGUGGGUGUUUUCAUUCUCUGCUGGUUCCCAUUCUUCUUCGUCCUGCCUUUUGGUUCUUUCUUCCCAUCUCUGAAGCCCUCUGAAAUUGUCUUCAAGGUCAUCUUCUGGCUGGGAUACUUCAACAGCUGUGUGAACCCCAUCAUCUACCCUUGCUCCAGCAAAGAGUUCAAGAGAGCUUUCAUCAGGCUGCUCAAGUGCCAAUGCCACCGCAGAAGACGGCCCAUCUGGCGUGUUUAUGACCACCACUGGCGAGGGGCCUCCAUGAACAGCUCGGUGCAAGACUCCGAGACGGACCUGAGGCCCAGGAUUAACACCUUGAACAGCUCGUUCAUAUUUAACUCCUCCUUGCAGGAGAGAGCCAGUAAGAAGCAAACACUCAGUUUCAAGGGCUGGAAAAUGCUCACUCCUUUCCAGAAACCAGCGUCCACUCAGCUGAAGGAGAAGAUGAACAGCCUUUCUAACAAAAUCCGGGGUGGCUCCAGAAAAGGGGGGGUGACAGCCACCUACAAACCAGAGGUGGAGUCUGUUUCUAUCGGGAUCCCUCAUGACUUCACAGAAACCAUUGACUAUCAAACCUAUGACUUAACAGACUGCUGUGGGCUGCGAGAAACUGAUAUUUGAAGCCACUGGGACAGCUGUCGAUGGUUUCUUUUAGCAGAAACAUGAAGGGAUACCAUCUGUGGGUCUGUCAGGCAGACUGGAAGCAGCAAUCAGGUAUAAAAUGCAGUUGCCCAAAGGUUAUACAAGCAUCCCCUGCACAGAGGUCAGCCCCUUCUGUGGGAUUAUGAGUUCCUCAAAUAAGAGCCAAUGGCAUAUCCCAUUUUAAUGAGCCACAGCAGGAGGGGAAGGUGUGGGGUGGAUAUGGCCUUAGGACAAGUGCUGUUUCCUCCAGUGGAUGGUUAUCUUUGAUUUUGGAAGAAGCUGUGCAAUUAAGGGAAACCAGGAUGUCUCCUUUGCCUUAAAAACAACCACCAUAAAUCUAAUGGAAAGCUCAAACCCCAAAAGAUGCCAACCCUGCCUUAGUACAUGUGAUCAUGUUUCCAUCCAGAGGCAGCAACCAGAAAGGACACUGCCGAGCAGUAGCUGGCAGCUGAUCCUUUAGGUAAUGGGUUGGGAGCUUGUAAGUCUGCAGGGCUGGACAGGACCUCCAGCCGAGGUCUUCGCUGUGGAGGGCAAGCAGACUGUGGUAUUCCCAAGGAGGGUGGGGGAAUCCUGGCUCUCAGCCAUCAUGUCCACAGUGACCACAACUUUGACCCUUCCACAUAACCUGGUUUUAGACCAGAGGAGAAGUCCAGAUGUGUACACUGAUGCUGAUGGGUGUGCAGGUCUCUCUUCUCUAAUUCCAACCUAUGAUGCAUUUCUCAUUUCACUUGCCAGUGAAGCACUUACAACCCACCUUGUUCUAGUGUGGAUCUGUCUGUGAUACAGAGAGAAAGCAGAUCCUUUUGGUGUCAGUCAUCCCCAACCUUCUUCCUCUUGCUGUUUCUCUCAAACAACACAGAAUAAAGAUGCAUCCUAGGGGCUUUGCUCAGGUCCAUAGUCAACCUGCGCUGUGGCUCAGGGAAGGUGGGAUAGCUGGGUUUGGGGCCUAUUUCUACUACCCAUAGAGUCAAAGCUAAAAUGGAGCUGAUGUGCAGUUGGACCUACCUCAUGUAGGUGGAUCUGCCUCCCAGUCAAGGUUAAGACUCUUCUACCAAGUAGUUUCCCACAUACUUGACACAUCAAAGCCUUUGGUGGCUAUCAACAAUUUCCCUUUGUUGUGUCCACAAGCAUGGUCAAAAGCAAUGUCAAUAAGGGGUUUUUUUUGCCCUGCUUACAGCCCCAGCGUGUGAGCUCCACUCAGGAGGGCAUCGUGGCCUCCUCCAGGGACCUCAGGGAGGUUGGAACCAUGACAGACCCACAUUGACCGGGUUCACACAAAUCAUGUUUUGCAACUCAGAAAAUUGUCACCCAAACUCUACUUGGCCAUGUAUUGCAGGCACUAGUUUUAUCAAAUCUCAGACAGGCAACAAGCCACAAUGAGCGAUUGUCAGAUUAAGCUGUGAGCAGAGGCAGGAGACACACAGGCAGUGGAGACAAAGUCAGUAUUUGACAUGUAGUGUCUCAAGCCAGGUGACUAAAGAACUAGAACAUGAAGUCAAGGGAUUUAAACUUGACACUGAACGUGCCCUGGAUGGAAACUCAUCCACAUCAGCACUGUCCCCCAAACCCAUUAGGAGUCUUUCAUGAAUGUGUCUACAGCGCUAGCUAAUCCUUUUAAGGGUGGUUAUCAAAGGAAGAUGAAAGGGCCCUAGGCAUAGCAAAGAGAAUGUCACCUUUCUUUCUGAUGUUCAUUUGUUUUAAAGGAAAACAAAACAGAGGAAAAGUUGGACUUCUUUUACUUUUUUUUUACAGUGUAUACUAAGACAUGAUAUCUGGAGUUGGCCCUAUCUCAACACCCUUAACACCUUUCUACUCUUUACUCAAUGCAAGUCUCUGAACUGGAUGAAUUACUGCACAAAGACCUGCAGAUUUUGUCCAAAUAUUUUUCUCCCAGCAGCAAAUCCCACCAAGGCACAUAGACAGCUUUGCACUUGCACUGAUCCCAGACUCAUUAUCACCUGAAUGUUCUCCAGUGUCUGCAAAAUCAGCCAGAGGUUGCCAACUUGAGAGGUUCAACCCUACCAAACCAAGGGCCCAAUACCCCAUGGGAACCUCUGUGGGGAAAUGCUUUUUUUUUUUUUUUCUUUUUUUCCCCAUUUCCUUGGCCUUCAAUGCAAGUGAGACCCUGCAGUGAUAAUGGGGUGACACAGAACAUCAUUUUGCAGUAUAAAGAUUGCAUCUGCCACUGGUUUCCUGUGCUUUUUUGGAAUCCUGGUGGGAAAGCACACUGCUGGCACUGGGGACGUAGCAGAGGAGGCAUCAGGGAGAGGGCAGUUGCAGAAGAGUAGAGAUGCCUGGAAGGUCAAGGUGAAAGCAUUACUCCUCCCACCUUCCACCUACUUCUCGGGAUGCAUGUGCACACAUGCCACUGUCAGAGGGAGUAAAUGCCCCCAGAUCUGCAUUUUUAGACCCUGUUCUGGUGACACUGCUUUGCAGGUCUAACGUGCAAAUGCAAAAUGUAAGCAAUCUAGGGGCACAGUUUAGGAUGAACUGAUAAGGAUAUCUUCAGAAGUGAAAGUCUGAUCAAGGAGGAAGAUGGCCACUGGCCAUUAAAUACUCUUUGAUGCUCAGGAGCAGUUUUAUCUGGUGUCUCUCCACAGCCAGACACCCAUAGCACAUGGUAACGCGUGCAUCCGUGACCAUACAGAUACACAUACACACUUUAUUGCAUUUAUAUAUAUUUUUCAUCUCCAGAAUAGCAGACGUUCUCCUAUAAAUGGGCGGACAUUGUCAUAUAAAUGGAGACUUUGCAGGGGCUUUUAGCAAUUGCUGGCAAGCAAUUCAUUCCCACAAAUGAGUUGACAUUGUUGCUUAUACUUCUCACUGAGCUUGUAAAUAUACUUCUUCCUUUUUUCCAAUCUUGAGAUGUUUACAUUUACAUCCUCUAGCCCCUUGAAAGCAUCCAGAAGGGAAAUAAAGAUUCAUCUGGAGGUUCACUGCCUCUCCAUCCCAAUUCUUUACAGACCUCUAAGGGAGAAAAUGAGGAUAAAGUCUGUUUAAGCACACACAUAUGCAUAUACACACAUAAGUGCCCAAACCCUGGCUCAUUUACUUACUGUAUUUGAUCUGGCCCCAAGAGACACUGUAGCAGGUGCUGUAGGAAAGUCUUGAGCUCUGCUGUGCUGCAUUCAGGCAAAAUACUUGUUUCUCCCUUAGACCAAAGCCCCACUUUCAUUGAACAUCUUGUAUCAGAAGAAGCAAUGCCAAGACUGGACUCUGAGGCUGUUCGUGUAGAGCUUCAUUUAGAGUAGACAGGGCUGCCUUUGGUGGCAGGCAAGGAAGGACAAUUUUUUGUUAAAUAUGACCUGAGUAUCUAAAAUUGUGCAUUUUUCUUUGAUUCUCUUAAUCUUCAAGCUCUCCCAAGUUUGGAAAAAUGGGCUCAGACCUUCAGGAGGUAAAUUUGUCCUCCUCCCUCUGACUUCUCUGGUUGCAGAAGGGUGUGAUCAGCUGAAGAUAUGGCCUCAUUUCUCCACAUUAGUCAAGCAGGCCAUUUCCCAAAGUGCCCAUACCCUGGUUAUCGAGCAGCUCUCACCUCAUUGCACUGGCUUCGUGUCACUUUUGCAUCAUCAGCCCUUGCUGCUUCAACAAACCAAGUGUUGAGGGUGGUGAACAGCAGCUUUUAUGUCAGUAGACUCUCACAAGUCCUAUUUAAGGCGAAAAGGAGGUCCCUGUCAGCCUGAGCUGAACUGCAGUUGGGUUGCAUUACUAUUGUUUACAGUGUGUAUAUAAGUGUACAUUUUCUUUAGCAGACAUUGGAAUUUUUUAUGUAUAGAUUUUUAUUUUCAUCCCCAGAUGUAUUUAUUAGCUGGAGUAUUUCUGUUUUGUGAUUCAAGUUCUGUCAGAUUGAUGUAAGCUCUAUGAAACAGAAUGCACAUAUUUUUGUUUGUUUGUACCAAAUACAUGCACAAACCUGUCUAAAACUUCGCUGU